AUGAAAAUAGAAGUACAAAAGGCGACAUAUUCAAACACUGAGGCGUCGCUUUCUCAUCUGACAUUAACCCACUCCAACUACACGUCCAUAAUAUGGCCAUUGCUUUUGUCCGUGGGAUUUCGAAAUUUGGUUUGGUUGCAGCUUUUGGAUAUUUUUCAGUUGUUGAGGGUGUUUGGAGCACAGCGGAUAAGUGCUCUAAUAAUGCUACUAAAGUUAAAGAAGUCGUGCCGCACCUAUUUUCCUUUCUCCAAAAGUUUCCAGAUGAAAUGCGAGGAACAUGGAAUGAAAAAUUUUUUCACUUGGACAAGAAGUAACCAAUGCAGUAAUUGCAACUUGAAACGAUGUUUUAACUCAUUUGGAUUAUUUGAAAAGAAAUCUUAG